AUGAAAGUUGAAGUAGAAAUAAUUUCUAGAGAAGAAAUUAGGCCUUCUUCUCCCACACCCUCUCACCUUAGAGUCUUCAGGCUUUCCCUUUUGGAUCACAUUAUUCCAUCACCAUAUGAUCCAAUAAUCCUAUUCUACACCUCACCUAAGAGUGAGACAACUUCCCUAAGUCCUGAAGAGGAUCUGUCCAUUGAGUGCAACGAUGAAGAAGGAUCAAAUUCAGGAACCUAUGUGACUUACAUUCGAGUCAACAUCUUUGAAUGUGGGGGAAUUGCCAUUGGCAUGUGUAUUUCUCAUAGGAUCCUAGAUAAGGCUGCACUGAGCACCUUUAUCAAAGGGUGGACAGAGAGGGCCAUGGAUUGCAAGUGGGUCACAAGGAGGUUUCUGUUUAGAAACUCAGCUAUAGCCACUCAAGGCUCAAACAUCAGGAACAGAAAACUCCAGACGUUUGGAGAUGGUUUCUGCUAUGCUGUGGAAGUCCCUCAUGGUGUGUCCAAGGCACGAUUUGUUACUGAAAGGCCUUCUUUGGUGACUCAUUUGGUGAACCUGAGGAGAAAAAUGGAUGUGGCUCUUUGUCCUGAACAUGCCAUGGAAAAUCUUCUUUGGUUGAUGGUUGCAGAGAGUCUGGGUAAUAAUGAGAUGGGGUUCGAGGAAUUGGUGGGGAAAUUGAGGAGUGCCAUAUCAAAAGUUGAUAAGGAAUUUGUUGAAGAAUUGAGAGGUGACAAGGGAAGUUGGUGCAAUUUUGGGUUCUAUGAGGAUGAUUUUGGGUGGGCAAAACCCACAUGGGUGAGUGGUGUUGGUUCAAUUGAUUCAGUUUCAAUGUUCAUGAAUCUUAUCAUCCUAGUAGACACGAGGUUGGGAGAUGGCAUAAAAGCUUGGGUUACCUUGAAAGAGGAGGAUAUGACUCACUUGAAAGCAAACCCUGAACUCCUCACUUGUGCAACACUGGACCCAAGUCCUUUAAUCAUGAGUUCAGUUGCAUGA